CAAUUACAGCGCCACUACAGUGGUUGAUUCUUCCCGUGUCCACCGAGAAUAUACUCCCUUGUUACCAGUUCUUCGUGACUUAAGAUGGCGAUGAAUCUAAGAACCACAGCAAGGGCUUUAAAAGCCGUAAGGCCACGUGCCGUUCCGGCCGUGCUUGUGCCCACAGCCAAGUCAUACUCUACCGCGCCUGAGCCCGAUUUAAAAGAGACCUUAAAGCAAGUCAUCCCGGCUAAGAGGGAACUUCUCAAAAGAGUGAAGGCCCAUGGCUCAAAAGUCAUUGGCGAGGUGAAAGUUGAAAAUACUAUCGGUGGCAUGAGAGGAUUGAAGGCCAUGGUUUGGGAAGGAUCCGUACUCGACGCAAAUGAGGGAAUCCGAUUCCACGGUCGAACAAUAAAGGACUGCCAAAAAGAGCUACCAAAAGGCAGGUCGGGAACAGAAAUGCUUCCAGAAGCUAUGUUCUGGCUCCUCUUAACCGGCCAAGUGCCGUCUGUUAACCAAGUUCGUGGAUUGUCACGCGAGCUCGCCGAGCAUGCUCGACUUCCCGACUUUGUGAACAAGAUGCUGGAUAGUUUUCCUCAUGACUUACAUCCCAUGACUCAAUUCGCCAUGGCUGUCAGUGCUUUGAAUUACACCUCAAAAUUCGCAAGGGCUUAUGAGCACGGUUUGAACAAGGCCGAUUACUGGGAACCCACUUUUGACGAUGUUAUCAGCUUGCUUGCCAAGCUACCUACCAUCGCCGCCAAGAUAUACCAAAACUCGUACCGCGAUGGCGGUGCAUUGCCUGGCGACGUCGAUCCCGAACAGGAUUGGGCCUACAACUUCGCCUCCAUGCUAGGCAAGGGCGGCGAGAAGAACGAAGACUUCCAGGACUUGCUAAGGUUAUACCUUGCACUUCAUGGAGACCACGAAGGCGGUAACGUCUCAGCUCACACCACUCAUUUAGUCGGAAGCGCUCUUAGCGACCCAUUCCUAAGUUACAGCGCCGGCCUCCAAGGUUUGGCCGGACCUCUUCAUGGGCUCGCUGCGCAGGAAGUUUUACGUUGGAUUCUCCAAAUGAAGGAGAGCAUCCCGAAAAACUACUCCGAAAAGGAUGUCCAUGACUACUUAUGGUCGACGCUUAACAGUGGCCGAGUUGUUCCCGGCUACGGACAUGCCGUCCUUCGCAAGCCUGAUCCCCGCUUCGAAGCCCUAAUGGACUAUGCAGCUACCCGCCCCGCAAUUGCUAACGACCCUGUGUUCCAACUCGUCAAGAUCAACAGCGAAGUUGCUCCUGAUGUUUUGAUAAAACACGGCAAGACCAAGAACCCGUAUCCCAAUGUUGACUCAAGCAGUGGUGUCUUGUUCCACCAUUACGGCUUCCACGAGACUCUUUAUUACACGGCAACGUUCGGCGUGAGCAGAGGACUUGGUCCUCUAGCUCAAUUGAUCUGGGACCGUGCUCUCGGUCUACCAAUUGAACGACCCAAGAGCAUAAAUCUAGAAGGCAUAUUGAAACAAGUGGAAGCAUAAACGAAGUUGGGUGCCUUGUCGAAUUUCUUUAGCGCUUCUAGUAAAUAGCUCCGAGCAUUAGAUUUUUUGGUCUCGCUGAUGAAAGCAUUGCUGUCAUUUUUGGAUUAUAACGGUUCUCUUCUUGGAUAGUUCAUUAGAGGUGGCGGAAUAUCAUCAAUAUUGUAGAGGGAAUGAAGCUACGAUGAGAGAUUAUGAAGGUUCGAUGAGCUUCCCGAUUUAUCGCCGCUUUGAGGUACCCGGUCGCAAUUGUGAAGAAUCAAGCGGAAUUGGCAUUAUCGUCAAUAAAGUUAUCAUUGUGAGCCCUCAGCUUUAGCAGAUGGACUUUUCGCGCGCCAUUAGUGAAUGACGACAAGAGUCAACAUCGCGCUCUUGAUGGCACGAUCAAAAUUGUAUCUACACUUUGUUUUCUUGACGACAUAGCUUCCAG